CUGGGGAGCAGCUGAGUCGAGCGGAGCUGAGACGGGCGGGAGCGGGAGUCCGAGUCCGAGCGCGAGCCGGAGCUGGGUGUAGGAGAGGCCGAGGCAGCGAGAGCAGCCCCGGCAGACCGACCCACCACAGACGCCGCCACCGCGCGCAGCCAGGGGGGCCGGGCCCAGGCCUCAGCCGGGCGCCCCCGGACCCCCGAGCCCUCUCGGGAAGCAGCCGCAGCUGCGUUAGGGGGCAGAAGACACCCACCCUUCCAACCCCGUUGCUUCCCUUAGCAAGGCAGCGAGAGGCGGAGGACUCCAAGGCCUGCCGGGGGCGGCCUUUUUGCGGACAUUCCAGCCUUGUCUGGGAGCUGAGCCCUCCUAAAAGAGGCAGCCAGAGCUUGCGCUUUGGAGCCACGCCUGGUGCCCCCUCCUCAGUUGCUUCCCUGUGGGCUUCCCCUACGGGGAGUGUUUCUCCAUCCAAGGGAGGACUUGUCUCCCCAAGAGUGACCAGGGCCACUACGAGGAGAAGCUAAGCAAGCCCCCCAGCAAUGACGGAGAACUCAGCCCCGGCUUCCAAGCCUAAGAAGGCGAAGGCCUCAAAGAAGUCCACGGACCACCCAAAGUAUUCGGACAUGAUCGUGGCGGCCAUCCAGGCAGAGAAGAACCGGGCUGGCUCCUCCCGCCAGUCCAUCCAAAAGUACAUUAAGAAUCACUACAAAGUGGGAGAGAACGCGGACUCGCAGAUCAAAUUGUCUAUCAAAAGGCUGGUCACCACUGGGGUCCUCAAACAGACCAAAGGGGUGGGUGCCUCAGGCUCCUUCCGGUUAGCCAAGGGCGACGAACCCAAGAAACCGGUGGUCAAAAAGGCUAAGAAGGAAGUCAAAAAGGCAGCGACACCAAGGAGGGCGUCUAAACCCAAGAAGGCUGCCACCACCAAGGCUCCAGCCAAGAAGCCCAAAGCUGCGGCCAAGAAGGUGAAGAAGAAAGCUGCCGCUACCCCUAAGAAAGCCAAAAAACCAAAGACUGUCAAAGCUAAACCAGUGAAGGCAUCGAAACCCAAGAAGGCCAAACCGUCGAAGCCCAAAGCCAAGUCCAGUGCCAAGAAAUCCGCCAAGAAGAAGUGAACAUGAAGUCUUCUUGGACACUUUCUGUCGCUUCUUCUGUAAAUAGUUUUUUUUCUUUUUUUCCAGCCCUAGCCCUAGCCCUUAACCUUGAUCCCUUUCUAUUGCGACUUUAUAAGAGACAGAACUUUUAUUCCUCGGAAAUUGUUAAAUAAUUCAUAUAUUCUUAAUCAACCGAGAACAGUCCAAACAGCCAAUCUCCAUAAUCAUGAGACUUUCCUUAAUUUUCGUUUGUUAACUUGUUUUUUAAGAUCUUUCCAAUGUAUUAUUGGAUUUUAAGUUGUGUGUGUGUGGGGGGGGGUAUUUUGUAUAAAGUACUUUUUGCGGGGUGUGGGGGAUUGAGGUAUUGAAGGGGAGGGGAACAAAUCGGGGGAAGGAGACAGCGCUCAUCCCACCCAGAAGAAAGGAACUUGAACUAAUGCUUUCUCUAGUCACAGCCAUUGGACAGGUCUCCAAAAGGCAGGGUCUGGGGCCCCUCUGAGGGGGACAAAGCUUGCAGGGACAAGGAGGGGAGUUAUGGCAGGAAAGGAAACUCCUCCUAAAUAGAGUACCUUCCCAAACCACGCGGCUGAAUAUUGAGGCAGCCUGAAAUUCUCCUGAGCUCUUGAUUGGGGUUCAGUUGUAUUCGAAAUUUAGUUCCCAAACUGAGCAAGAAAACAGCUUAGUGGAACAGCGCGAAAGAAGCUGCAACUAUUAGCCAUCUUUUUGGGGAGAGCGUUCCUUUGUGGAUGGGAAAGGGUGUAUUGUCUCCUAGCCCCUGGGAGGGUCUUGGGCUGGGGGACGAGAAUCUGACAAAGUGCCUGAAUUUACCCUGAAUAAGGUUUGUGCUUGUGUGUGUCUGCAUAAUCGUGAUAGGUUUGUUUAUUCCUAUAAGUAGGGUUGGGUGAUUUGAAAAAAAAAAAAAAACAAAACAUUUUCUUGCCUAUUUCUUUUAUGUGCUUGCUCUAAAGAGUGGGCUGGUUGACCCAGGCUGGGGGAAUUGGCGGUCCCUGAGCCCUGGCUUUGCUGAAUAGCGCAGAAUGGCGAUUUUUCGGCAAGAGUGGGCUCGGGCCGGCUCUCCCUCUUCCCCGUGCCCUCCAGUCUAGCUCUCCGAUGGGGUCGCCUUUCUGAACCCCAGCUUUUGUCUUAAUGAGCCACGUGUCUAUCAUAGAAAAAGCCCAACCUCUUUAGGAACCUUUUUUUUUCUAGGUAGUUUUACUCGUAGAUUAGGGGUGGGGAACUGGGAGGGAGUGGGUGGGGAGGGGGGGAAAGGAGCGGAGAAAGACAUCAUGCAGUCAAUUUUGAAUUUGCUCAAGUAGUUUCUACCGAGCUGGAUCUAAUGUACCUAGUCCUUGCUUAAGUUUGCUUUGUGCUGCCCCACUGUGGGGCGAUGAGUAUGUAUGUAUGUUUGUUUCUAAGUACCUAACUACCCGAGGAAAACCUGGCAGGAUUGAUGCCUGCGCCCUUCUUUCAUUUGCUUUGUAUUUUAUUUUGAGUGUGAUUAUUGCUGUCUUUGUAAUUUUAGAGUUUGAAAUAAAAUUGAAAAAGGACCCAAAAAAACCCAC